UUUGAAGGACAGCCGGAUAUUGCCGGUGUAUCUCGUGGUUUUGUCAGUUUUCACAGAAUUCUCUUUGACCUCACGCUCAGAUUUCACACGUGACAUUUCCACAGAAGUGAGCUGCAGCUUGGUGUCGUGUGUUCAAUCCCGGUUCUGUGGUUUGCACCGUUUCCCGCUGCUGUCCAGCCCACAGUCUGCACCUAGCCCUUAGCUAGCUAGUUAGCCCGCAAAAGCUAGUUAGCCCACAGCAGCGAUGCUAGCGUGUCGGAGGCUACAUGCUAACGUGCGGACCGCUCGUGGACUCCUCUCCUCCGGUCCGGUGACAGAACGACACCCGGGGCUGAGGGGGGGCAAAGCGCCACGUCAGGGCCUGAACACCGGAGCAUCUCUGCGGAAUGACUUCUACAAAGACCUGGAGGUGCAGCUGGCGGCCGUGAGGAAGAAGGCGGCGGAGGCUCUUCCAGGCAGCGGCUGGAGCCCCUUCGAGCUGAACCCCAACCUCCCCCCGGAGAGGGCCGACAUCGUGAUCGUUGGCGGCGGCGUGGUGGGCUGGUCCGUCGCCUACUGGCUGAAGCAGAAGGAGCGGGUGCCCGGAGAGGUCAAGGUGGUGGUGGUGGAGAAGGACACAACGUACUCCCAGGCCUCCACAGUGCUCUCUGCUGGGGGGAUCCGACAGCAGUUCUCCCUGCCAGAGAACAUCCACCUGUCCCUGGCCUCUGCAGACUUCAUGAGGAACAUCAAUGAUCACCUCGGCGUGAUGAACGAAGACCCCGUGGACCUGCAGUUCAAUCAGUCAGGGUACCUCUUCCUGGCCAGUGAGAAGGUGGCUCACAUCAUGGAGCAGAACUACAGCACCCAGAGGUAUGCCGGAGCCAAAGUUUCACUUCUCUCUCCCACACAACUAAAGGAGAAGUUUCCAUGGAUCAACUCAGACGGGGUGGCACUCGCUUCUUAUGGGCUGGAGAACGAGGGCUGGUUUGACCCCUGGACUCUGCUGAACGCCUUCAGAAAGAAGGCCGUCUCCAUGGGAGUGAUCCAGUGCUGUGGAGAAGUGACAGAUUUUAAAUACACAGUAAAUGUGACGACGACUCCCGAGGGUGAAAAUGUGGCUUUGAAGAGAAUAAAAUCCGUGAAAGUGCAGAUGCCCAACAGCCUGGAGUACCAGCCGGUGGAAUGUGCCAUUGUGGUGAAUGCGGCGGGAGCCUUUUCUUCUAAACUGGCACAGAUCAUGGGAAUCGGCUUCGGCCCUAAAGGCACCAUCGCUGGAAUUCCUCUGCCCGUCGAGCCUCGGAAAAGGUUCGUGUAUGUGUUCCACUGCCCUGACGGUCCGGGUCUGGACACCCCCUUCCUGGUCGAUUACUCAGGAGUGUACUUCAGGAGAGAGGGGCUCGGAGGGAACUACAUCGCCGGUGCGUCACCAGAUGAGGCAGAGGAGCCGGAUAUCAGUAAUCUAGAGGUGGAUCACAGUUUCUUUGAGGACAAGAUUUGGCCGCCGUUGGCUCAUCGGGUUCCUGCUUUUGAGAAGCUCAAGGUGACCAGCGCGUGGGCCGGCUACUACGACUACAACACCUUCGACCAGAACGGCAUCAUCGGUAUCCACCCUCUGGUCAACAACAUGUACUUUGCCACGGGCUUCAGCGGCCACGGCCUGCAGCACUCGCCCGCCGUGGGUCGGGCCGUGGCCGAGCUGAUCCUGGACGGAGGUUUUAAAACGCUGGACCUGAGUGGAUUCAACUUCAGACGGAUCCUGGCCCAGGAGCCGAUGCUGGAAAGGAACAUCGUGUAGAGGACGUGGAAAAUCCCGUUCGCUCUGCGGCCGGUGACAAAGGAUGACAACCUUGGUUUUAUUUUCAUAGCGGUGAAUGUUUUCCCUGUCAGUAAUGUUAACUUUGUUCCAAAUUAAUCACUGAAGUCUGGUUCUGUCGUUCUCAGCUGAUCAAUACUGUUCCAGGCGAUGUCCAAUAGCAACGGUUUUUAGGGUUCUGGUGUUCAGUUGCUUUCAAUUUCACAUCCAUAUCCUUUUAUGUGCUCGUUUAACCUGACUUGUGCCUCAGUGUUCCCAGAUCUCAGCCGUGACUUCAACGUUUUCGUCAGCACAAGAAAUUACAAGAUGUUUUGUUAUCGAUCGGCUUUACAACAACGACAUGAUGACUAUAAUGUUCCUAUAAUCAAUCGUGUUACGUUUGAGAUAACGAGGCCUUUUUUUUUUUAAGUUCUUGAGUCGUCCUCUGGGGGGGAACAAUUGUAUAAUGUAUAUUGUAUCUCUAUAUAAUACAAUCGUGUACAAAAGCUUCACAAUACCCAGUUUUUGUUAAACCUCAUUAAUGUACAGUAAUGAUUUAUAUUAUACUCAAAGGUAUUUUUGUUACAUUCAGGUACAUUGUAUAGUCAACUGUACAUUGUAUAGUGUACAUACUGUAUACAGUCACAUCAUAUUUUACCAAUUGGUAAUAGAUUGAUAAUUAGGGUUUAUUUAUAUACAUUUCAUCUUGACAUUUUUAUGUAAAAAUUGGCCUCAUUUCUGAAUAUUACCUCGAUCACUGACUUACUUUCUUUUCCAUAUCCUGUUAAAAUCAUUGGAAUAUUUUGCUUAUUUUAAUUUAUUUGGUUUGAAUUCUUUAUUUAUUUUAUUCUGGGUUUCACAAAAUGACUCAUUGUCUUUGAGCAAAUUGAAUAAUGUGUGGAUGCUAGUGGAUGCUUCAAUUUUCUAUUUGAUUUUACUGUUUAUCUGUGAAAACAAAAGCUUUAAAUCACCCAGAAACAAGAAAAACACUUACUUUUAUUUAUUUACCUGGGAUAAAAUACUAAUCUACAGAAUGUUGGACUCAGGAACAAUAAAUGACCUUGUUUAUUUAAUUAUCAUUUUCUUGCCAGGAAGCUGAAAUAAGAUGUGACUAUUUUAUUUUUUUACGUGUGGGUUCUCAAGUUCACAAUGUUAAAUGUUAAAAUAAAGAAUGUUAUUUGUAA